AUGACAAAGACAGGAGGUUUAGCAAGGAGUAAAACCCGACAAUCCGAGAAAACUAAUAUGGCAUCAGACAAAGUGAACAAUGGAUUGCCAAUAACUGAUGGUUCGUCUAUAGGAAGCAAAACUGUGAAUCUGACGUUCGAGGGAAACAUGCCAACUAUUCAGCCUCCUCAAACUCAGCAAAAGGAGAGUACUCUUAUGCCAGAAGUUCAGACUCUUCAAACUCAUCAAACUCAGUACAAGGAGAGCACUCUUAUGCCAGAAGUUCGGACUCUUCAAACUCAGCAAAAAAGAGGACUCUGCAAAAUCAAAGUCAGCAAAAUGGAAGCACUUCUCAUCCUCCAUCACAUGAGGGAAGUCAACAUCCACAAUCACCUCCGACAAAUAUCAUUGGUACUAAACCGUUGCGAUUUUACAGUUGCAAAACAUGCUAAACAUGUUGUAGUUGCCUUAUGUGAUAAUUUGUUGAUGAAAAUCAGAUUACUUGGCUUCGGGGUAAUGUGUGCUUAUUCUGAUGUGAUGCUUGAUAAAUACUUCUACGUGUUUGAUGUUUUGUCCAUGUAA